UUUGUUGAUGUUGAUGGGGGACUCGUUAAUAAUCUAGGGUAAAACCGUUAAAUUCAUCAUUGCAAGUCAAACCUCAGAUAGAAGGUUAUUAAUUGAAUUACUCAGUGAUAGUAGUUGGUAAAAAUAUAUAAUAUAUCAAUUUUAGAUAUAUCAAUAACCAGUCGAUCGCUGGUUCGUUGCUAUUUCAAAAUAGCAAUAAUUAUAAAAAAGUUCAAAACAAGGAUCAAGAAAACCCUGAUACGACUAUCUAAAAUAAAUAGAUUAUUGCAUUUAGUUUGAGGUUUAAAUAAAAUAUUGAUAUUGGAAACCAGAAUAAUUUUUCCAAUCCAUUCGACAUGGGUAACCUGAAGAAAGUAUUGGUUCUGUACGUUGGGGGAACGAUUGGAAUGAAAAGAAAUGAGCAGGGUGUGCUCAUUCCUGUUCCCAACGCCUUUUUGAUAGAAGUGAAAUACCAUAGUGAAAUGCACGAUCCGACAUUGGCAGCCAGAUAUAAUAUAAAAUUGAAAGAAAAUGAGCUUAUUUUACCAACACGUUAUGGUUUGGAUGAUUUAUUGUAUCAGAUUGUUGAAUAUGAUCCACUAUUAGAUUCCAGUAAUAUGACCCCGAGGGAUUGGGAUAGGAUUGCCAAAAAUAUAGAGAGCCAGUACCAUUCAUUCGAUGGAUUUGUUGUACUUCAUGGAACAGAUACAUUGGCAUACACUUCUUCAGCAUUAUCCUUCAUGUUAGAAGGAUUACAGAAACCUGUGAUAUUAACAGGGUCCCAAAUACCGAUUUUUGAAACGAGGAGUGACGCAAAAAAUAACAUUAUAUCAUCUCUCAUAAUCGCAGGAUGCUACAAAGUGCCGGAAGUUUGCGUACUUUUUGCAAAUAAACUUUACCGGGGAAAUCGUGUUACGAAAUUCAAAGCCAUGGACCUAGAUGCGUUCGAUUCCCCAAAUUAUCAUUCGUUGGCAGACGUUGGAGUAGGAAUUGAACUUAAUCAGAACUACAUCAGGAAAAUAGACAACAGGGUAACCUUUAAAGUUCACACAGAUUUGGAUGUGAAAGUAGCAAAGAUUGCAGUUUUUCCGACAUUAUCAUAUGAUAUGUUGAAAUCCAUCUUGGAUUCAUCCAUUCGAGGCUUAGUACUCGAAACCUAUGGAACUGGUAAUCUUCCGUCCCAAAGAACUGAUUUGAUAGGGUUACUCAAGAAGGCAGUAGACAAGGAAAUUUUAAUAAUUAAUGUUACACAAUGUUCCAGAGGAAUGGUCGGAGACGCCCUCUAUGAAACUGGAAAGAUUGCAGAUGAAAUUGGAAUUAUUGCAGGUGAAGAUAUUACCGGAGAAGCUGCUCUUGCUAAACUAUCGUAUGUUUUGGCCAUUCCUAAGAUGACAUAUCAGCAAAGAGUUGAGAAAAUGAAAGCCAACUUGAGAGGAGAAAUUACCAUACCUACUAUGGCCGUAUAGUCUUCAGGUUAUGAUAACAGAAAGGAUCGAAAAUUUCCUAUAGGAAGGGCAAGCAAAACUUAUUAUAGAUAUAGAUAUAUAAAUUUUAAUGUUAUAUUAUUAUUAGAAAUGACUAUAUUUUCAUGAAUAAUAGAUAAGUAGCAAAAGUUAAUAGUUUCUAUAGAAAUUGGCCAUUGGAAGGUCCACAUUAGGCGUAUAUUUACGGAGUAGUUAUACAGGGUGACAAUUUGAACACUAUAUCAUCAAGACUCAAUAUUUCUUUAAAUGAUGAAAAUUUGGCGAACCACGUCAGUUUAUACAUCAAGGAGGACAACUAUCGGAACAUUUGUUGUUACAUUACAUUCAACCCCUUUACCGUCGGGGCAGCAACCUACCCCUGAAAUUUUAAAUCGCAACCCCCUAUUAUAUUGCUAUUUUUGAAAUCCUCGUGAUUCCAGAUAAGUUACACCUAUUUUAAAUUUGUAUUUUCAAAAUUGCAGUACUCAACUUCAAGAAUAUUUGGAUUUCUUUUUUAUGAGCAAAAGUACAGGGUGAUUCACCAUAAAUGUCCCCCCCUCUAGCUCAGUUAUUUUUGUACAGAUUUCAAAGUUUGAAAUAUCAUCUCAAAUGAUUUUCGAUAAAGUUUUUUUCCGCUACAUCAAAAAAUACAGGGUGCUCGGAACAAAUGAUCUACAGGGUACUAUUCGAUUUUUUUUAAUGGAACACCCUAUUUUUCAUUGUAUUUUUAGAUUAUCCCUGAAGAGCUGAUUUGAUCAAUGCAUCACACUUGGGGUCU